GAGUGUGUUGUGUUUGUACAGCUGAGAGCGGAGGGCAUCGACACUACACAGAGAUGGCAGCCCUUCAGUAAGAUGUUGGAAAAGACCCCAACUGAUAAAAAUCAUCACCUUCACAUUCAUCCCGCAUUCAAACUCUCCUGGACUGUUAAAUGCCCUCUCAAUACAAAGGGCUAAAAUGUUUGUGGUCUCCAUGCCAAGAUGUCUACAGAUUUGUGUGUCUUUGGUAAUGGUGUCCCGACUACAAGGCAGGGUUUCAGCUCCAGCACGCCUGGAGGCUCUUGUUGAACAGCCCUUCACGCUGAGCUGUACGCUUGUCAAGGCUAGAGGAGAAUCAGUGCAUCAGAUCCGCUGGCUGGAUGUGCAGAAUCAGACAUUAAUCUCCUAUCAGCCUGGUCAACAAGACAGCGUGAGCGGUCAACAGCAUGUGGAGCUCGCUGCUUCUCCAAGAGACGCCAGCGCUAUCACUAUUAAACGUGUAAGCCAUAGGGACGAGGGAUGUUACACUUGCAUCUUCGAUAUUCUUCCUAAAGGCUCAAGGGAAGGGCAGACUUGUCUUACAGUUACAGCAACUGUGAUUCCAGAGGGCAAUAAGACUGCAGUGGGUGGAAAACAAAUCACUCUGGCCUGUCGGUACGGCCUGCCAGAGAAAGUCAAACAGGUUUUGUGGAAGAAGAUUGUGACUAAAGCAGAAUCCCGUGAAAUUGCGUUUUUUGCAAAGCAGAGUGAUCCUGUGAUAGAAGAAGAGUUUGUGGAGCGUGUGAGUCUGAGUCCUUCCCUGUCUGACACACAGCUCACGCUGUGGCCAGUCCAAUCCGAAGAUGAGGCCUGCUACACCUGUGAGUUUCACACAUACCCGGAUGUCAUAAAGAGCGCCACCAGCUGCCUUACUGUGUUUGUCCUGCCUAAACCUCAAGUAAGCUACAAGACCACAUCGCCAGGAGUGAUCGAGGCGAACUGUACAGCUGUGGCCCGACCAAAGGCUGAAAUAGUGUGGAAUGUGGAGGGGAAUGACAGAACCAUCGGUCCACCUGUGACCAUCGAUGUCCAGCAGAGUGACGGGACGACUCUGGUCAUCAGCACCUUGACCAUCCAGGCCGGACUCCUGAAGGACGUCUCCGUCAAAUGUCUGGUUCAUCAUAAAGGACUGGAGACGGCCAUUGCUGUUUCCAUGAACACUAAAAUUGGCACAGCUCUUGCCAUCCUGAUCUCUGUGACUACAGUUGCUUUUCUACUGGUCCUCUGCCUGUGUUUCUGUUUGUGGAAGUGUGUCCUGCGCAAGGAUGAGCCUGAAGAGCAUCAGCUACCGAGAAGAAGCCGAGAAAACAGAGAAGCAGACAGCUGAAUAAUCGUUCUGAUUGUGGCAGACUAAAGCUGCAGUUUUCUUUACAAUACGAAUUUGCUGAGACACCCGUGAAGAUGAAAAUCUCUUGUCAUCAAGUUCCCUACAUUUCCUGCCAAAGAAAACCAGUGACACAUCUCUACACGAGGAAAGAUGACACAUUUCCAACAAUUUGUGAAUCUAUCACUAAUAUAAAGUUUGCAGGACAGAGGCCAAUUUAAUUACCAUUAAUUUGUUUUAAUAUUGGCAUCUAUAACUUGUAACUAGCUAUUCACUCAUAGAAAAAGUAAGAACAUUUCAGAUAUAAUUAUUGUAAGUAAUUACAAUGCUACCACAAAUUCCAGUGACUUUUGUAAAUAGUAUGGUUUUGUUGUAUCUUUCCUGAUGCUAAUGUUAUGAUCAAAUAGAUUCA